AUGAAUUCUUUCCGUAAAAGUAACACUAACAACAUCAGCAGACGGGAGUCUUUAGAAACUACUCCAAAUGCAUUUAAUGCAGAAUUGCUGAAUUUGUAAUUUGGAAAUAAGAAGAAAGAGGUCAUAAAUGAAUACGUUGUUAAACGAAAAGCAGAAUUAUUGGAGGAAAUGCAAUAAGAAUAAAUUCGUUAGGAAUAUGAUAGAAAAACUGAUAUUUAAAAGUUAAAAGCAUUAUUAGCCAAUAUCAAAUAUCAAAAUGAUCUGAUGAAGUUAAAUUUAAAAAAAUACGAUUAAAUCAAUGCAGAAGAAUAGAAAUUCACUGUGAUCCAUCAAAAUGAUUUGGUGGUUGUUAAUAAUUAAAUAGAUGCUGAAUAAGAAUAAAAUUAGGCAUUAUAGCAACAGAUUUAAUUAAUAGGACAUUCAUUAAGAAAAAAUUAAAAAUACAACAAUACGCUCAUUGAAUAAUUGCAAUUAUUUACGCAAAAAUAACCUCAGAUAUAUUUAAAGGAGUUUCAAAAUUAGCAAGCCUUUGAUGCAGCAAAAAAGUAAAAUACAAUGAUAAAACAGGCGUUACAGGAAGAAAAAGAAUGGUAAAUGAAGUACUUAUAUGAAAAUACUUCAAGUUAUGAGCACAAAAACUAAAUUGUCAAGGAGAAUUUAGAAAGUUUAUGCUAAUAAGAAGAAAGAUUACAAUACCUAUAGUAAUAAUUGAUUUUAACCGAAUAAUAAAUUUAGGAUAUUGAUCUAGAGAUAUCUACUAAGUUCAAUAAGAUUGAGGAAUGUGCAGAAUUUUUAGAUGAAUUGGAUGAUUUCGAUAAAAUCAUCUUAAUUUUUGUGAUGGAGGAUCCUAAAGAUUUUGAACUUCCUGAAAUUUUGGAAAAUGCAAGAAAUUAAUUAUAGAAACCAAAGAAUAGAAUGCAAAUUGCUGAUAGUGAAUAGGAAUACAUUGAUAGAGCUAGAUUCAGUAGUGUAAGUUCAAGAAUGAAAAUCUUCUUUAAAUUCCACCACAAUAAUUUAUAAAAAUCUAUUGAUGAUUUGAUUUAAGUAUAUCGCAAAUCAUAAUUUAAUGAAAUGACUUUAAAAAAUAGGUAUGAAGAUUUAUUAGAUUAAAAAGCAAAAUUAAAACAAACUUUAGAAGAUUUAAAUUCCUUGGAAUUCUAUGCAAUGGAUGACAUAUUGUUUGAGAGAGACGAUCAACAUAUGAAUAUUGAAGAAUUAAAUGUAGAGGCAGCUUUAGUCUCUAAAAAUUAAUAAAUUCGAUUAGUGGAGAAUAAUGCCUAAUUUGUAAUGAGAAUGUACAGUAUGCUAACAAAUGUAUUAUUUAGAAUGAUUAAUUCACUUUUAAACAUAAAAGAAGUAUUGAAACUUGUCCCUCAGAAUUAUUUAAUUAAGAGUAUGAAUUUGUUAAUUAUUAGUUUUUAUUUAAAAUGGACAUACAAUAAAUUAUAUUCAAAAUUAACUACCAUUCAUGAUUAAUUGGAAAGUCAAUUUAAAAUUAAAAUAGUUGUUAAGGAUCCUGUUAUUCGUAAUUCAAAUCAAUUAUUGAAUGCUAUUUAUGAUCACCUCGAAGAUCGUCCAGCAAAAAGGAAAACCUUGAUCCCCAUUACUCAGAAAUAGAGUCUCUCAGAAAUUUUAGGCACAGUAUUGAACAAACAAGAAUUAAAAUCAGUUUCUGAUGCAAUAGUUAAGGAUCCAAUUCUGGCUUAAUUCUUCUCUAUUACUGAUUUAUAAAACAUGGUUUCAUAACUUGAUAAUUACACUUUGGACAGCUUGUUGAAAAAGAUAAAAACUGACGGAUAUGAAAUAGCAUUAACUACUGCAACUAGAUAAUUAAAAUUUUUAUUAAAUUUUAUAGAAGAAGCUGUCUUUGACUGUAAGAAUAUAUAAGAAUAGCAAAGUUCAGCUAAACUCCUUUAACAAAAGUAUAAGUUAUAAGAUUUAAUGGAGAAGCAUAUGAACAGUUAUGAGUUUAAGCCAAAAGAAUGGAAAAGAGAUGUUAUUGAAAGUAAAAUAAAAUAACUAAAACCUUUGAAUGGAUAACCUUUUGAAGAAUAACCAUCCCCGAUUACUGAAAUGAGAAUCUAAUAAUAAUUAACUACUUAACCACCAACUCCAAAGAUAUAACCAAUAAGAACUUGCAGAACAGAAUAGUCACCAAAUGAAAUUAAACGGUUUAUCUUCACUAUCGAUUCUCAAAUACCAAACUGUUCAUAAUCAUAGGCUAACUAAAAGUAAUCUGACCCUAUAUUUAUCCAUUUGCAUCAUAUGAAUAGGAAGAUAAAGAAUUUGAAUAGAUCUCAAACUUAGCAAAAAGCAAACCCUCCUCAUCAAUUUGAUGUUCUAUUCAGUAAAAAGAGUGUAGAGUUAUCUCGGGAUUCAAUUACAAAUUUGCAAUUAAAGUCAACACCUAUAUAGCAGAAUAAAGGCAUUUUAAGAACAGCUUCAAAAUGCCCAAAAUUGUUAAACAAUACUAAUAAUAGCACUAAUUUAAUUUCAGCAAGGUCGAAAUGUAAUACAAAAUCAUCAAAUGACUAGAAAUUGGAAUUACCUUAAUCUAUUAGCAGAUCACAAUUAUCAUCAACAUAUGGAAGUGCUAAUAAAAAAUUAUAAGAUUUCUUUCAUAUGACAAGCAUUAGAAAAAAAUGA